AUGGUUUAUGCUUCCGCUCUUUAUUUUGCGGAUGAAUUGGAUCGGGAGCUUGAGAAAUUUUAUGUACGGCAUGAACUAGACUUGAAAGCUAUGCCGCGCGAUCGUCUGCGCCACUUUUUCCGAAUAAAAUCCUACGAAGAUUUUCAACGCCUGUCUCAGUGUCUUCAAAUUCCGGACACAAUAAGCUGUGAUAACCGGUGCCAAGUAUCUGGAGAAUUUGCACUUGCUGUGGUUCUGCGUCGCCUUGCUUACCCAAAUCGCUGGCGUGACUGCGCCGAUUUACUUGGAAGAGAAGCAACUCAGUUAUCGAGGAUAUUUAAUGCAACCAUAAAUUUUCUUUAUGAUAAACACGGCCAUUUGUUGCGAUCUCUUGGACAACCUUGGCUGGGCGCUGAUAACAUCGCGGCAUAUGCAGCAGCUGUUCAUCGGGCGUCGGGCGGAAGAUACGAUAACUGUUGGGCAUUUGUGGACGGAACUGCACGUGCGAUUUGUCGCCCAGGAAGACUGCAGAGAGAGUAUUAUUCUGGACAUUACCGCGGACAUGUUAUCAAAUUUCAGAGCUUAGUUGCUCCGGAUGGCUUAAUUGUAAAUAUGUAUGGCCCUUGCGAAGGACGGCGGCACGAUAUGUACAUGCUCGGUGCAUCAAAAUUACGACACCGAUUACGUUUGCGGAAUCUUAUUUGGGGAAAAGAUUACUGUAUUUUUGGGGACAAAGGGUACAGUAUAAGUGCUGAGGUCCAGAGCCCAUACAAAGGCGGCAAUAUAAGCGAAGCGGAGAUUGCCUUCAACCUCGUCAUGUCAAAAUGCCGAUUGAUCGUGGAAUUAGGUUUUCAGCGUAUAUGCACGCAGUUUGCAUUUGGAAAUUACCGCGAAAAUCAGAAACUGUUUUGGCAGCAAUCUGCAAAAGCAUAUUUGGUCUCAGCAGUUCUAGCAAACUGCUUGACUUGCAUGUACGGCUUUGAACUUGUUUUUCAAAAGUUUGGCCUUCAGCCGCCGUCUUUAGAAACAUACUUGCGCUUUUAA